AUGAACACAAUAGAGUACUUAGUGCAGGACCUUUCCAAGAUAAAAUUCAGACUCGAUUUCAUUUCAGAAGUGAACAUAUUAACUACUUCAGACGCAGCGCUGCCGCUGUGCGAGUUCACAUACUACGAGCUGAAGGAAAAGCUUAUCGACACGCUGCGAUACCCUCACCAAUACGACAGAAUAAUAUCAUUCAAUAAGCGCAUCGACAACUACUGCCUAGCGCGGCACCCGCGCACUAUGGAUCUCGAAAUGCACGUCAAUGCCAGCAAAUCGUUAAAUAACUUUUACACUAAUAGGGAAGGUCGGAUAGUUAGAGGCGAAGACUAUUACAAAAUACACACUGAUAUAAACAACAUAAAGCUCAUUGGGAGAUUGCCUAAGCUGCCUGCGUUAGCGACUUCGAGAAGACUGCUUGAGCGCGCACAGCAGGCCAAGUAUCUCCGAUACUACCUCAACAACGUCGCCGUACCGUCAUUCAAAGGCAGCAUAGGAGAGGCAUUUUUAUGGCUGAACAUAACAUUACUCAGAUUCAGCGAACUGCGAUACAACAGCAGAGUUAGAAGGAUGAUCGAUGAGUACCGUCCGCCAGAAAGCGAGGAAGAAGGCAUACCGAUGGAUCUUGCUCUACAUCAAUGGCGCGGUGGACUGCUGGAUAGCGGUGAGGUGUAUGACUAUCUCACCAAACUUCCUACAGAUUUACCCCUAUUCAUCCAAAUCAAGGGGUUUAGCCAUUCACCGUCGGCGUGGUGUACGUACAAGGAAUACAGGCGCUUUCAUUCCCAAGGAGAAACUCCGACGCAGAACAUUGUUUGUAUGAAUGGCAAGGUGGCUGUAUGUGAUGAGUACUCUAUCAACAAAUUUAAGUAA